AUGAUGUCCAUGAACAGCAAACAGCCGCAUUUUGCCAUGCAUCCCACCCUACCUGAACACAAAUACCCCUCUCUACAUUCCAGCUCCGAAGCAAUACGAAGAGCCUGUCUACCAACUCCACCGCUGCAGAGCAAUAUCUUCGCCAGCCUGGACGAGACCCUGCUGGCCCGGGCCGAGGCUCUGGCGGCCGUGGACAUCGCCGUGUCCCAAGGCAAGAGCCACCCCUUCAAGCCCGAUGCCACCUACCACACCAUGAACAGCGUGCCGUGCACCUCCACCUCCACCGUGCCGCUGGCGCACCAUCAUCACCAUCACCACCACCACCACCAGGCGCUCGAACCCGGCGACCUGCUGGACCACAUCUCCUCGCCGUCCCUAGCGCUCAUGGCCGGCGGCGGGGCCGGCGGCGGGGGCGGCGGCGGCGGCGGGCACGAAGGGGCCGGCGCGGGAGGCACGGCAGCGGCAGGCGGCGGCAGCGGCGGCAGGCCGGGCGGCAGCAGGGCCGGGAGCCGGCGGCGGGCAGGCGGCGGCGGCGGCCUCUUGGGCGGCUCGGCCCACCCGCACUCGCACAUGCACGGCCUGGGCCACCUGUCGCACCCGGCGGCGGCCGCCAUGAACAUGCCCUCGGGGUUGCCGCACCCGGGGCUGGUGGCUGCGGCGGCGCACCACGGAGCGGCCGCGGCGGCGGCGGCGGCGGCGGCCGGCCAAGUGGCCGCGGCGUCGGCGGCGGCCGCGGUGGUCGGAGCGGCGGGGCUGGCCUCCAUCUGCGACUCGGACACGGACCCCCGGGAGCUGGAGGCCUUCGCCGAGCGCUUCAAGCAGCGGCGGAUCAAGCUCGGGGUGACGCAGGCCGACGUGGGCUCGGCCCUGGCCAACCUCAAGAUCCCCGGGGUGGGCUCGCUGAGCCAGAGCACCAUCUGCCGCUUCGAGUCACUCACGCUGUCGCACAACAACAUGAUCGCGCUGAAGCCCAUCCUGCAGGCGUGGCUGGAGGAGGCCGAGGGCGCGCAGCGCGAGAAAAUGAACAAGCCCGAGCUCUUCAACGGAGGCGAGAAGAAGCGCAAGCGGACUUCCAUCGCCGCCCCGGAGAAGCGCUCCCUCGAGGCCUACUUCGCCGUGCAGCCCCGGCCCUCCUCCGAGAAGAUCGCCGCCAUCGCCGAGAAAUUGGACCUCAAAAAGAAUGUGGUGCGGGUUUGGUUUUGCAACCAGAGACAGAAGCAGAAAAGGAUGAAAUUCUCCGCCACCUACUGAAUUUGGGGGCUGGGGGGAGGGGAAGAUAUUUGGGGAAGAGGGAGGUGGGGAGGGGAUGCUGAGGCUCGCGCGUGUUUUGUGUUGGGGGGCUUCCCCCCUUCCUUCUUUCCCCUUGGUUUGAUUUUCAUUAACCUCUCAA